AUGCGAUGCGCGAGCAAGGCCGCCGAGAGCGCGUCCACACGUCUCUGUGCGGACGCCGAAGCAGAAACAACAGCAACUGAUGUCUCAUCGGUUGCUGAAGCGACCCAGCCUGUGUCACUUGGUGAUGCAGGAGCUGAUCAUGAAGACACUCGUGUCUUCACAGAGUACGAGCUCGGUGUCUCGUACUCUCCUGAUACGGAAGACGGAUCCGUAUCGACGGCGAUUGAAUCCAAGCCGCCUGCCAAGCGUGGCAUGGACGAUGCUUUGCGUCGCAGCAUCUUUGGUUUAUCUGAUGAAUCAGAUGAACCAUCGCCGAAGCGAAGGCGCUCGAGGUCGCGAGACUCGGGCGCUAAUAGUGGUGUCGGUUCUCCUAUUGACACCACUUCACAGCGAGGUGACAGUACUUCUGUCGGCACGUCGCAGGAAGAGCGGGACCGCAAUGUGUUGCGUCUCGCUCCAGAAAAGAAGGCAUGGAUUCCUCCGAAAUCCGUAAUGGAUCACUUGUCGGCGACGACGAGUGAUCGUUAUCGAACACGAUUUUUCGAUUCGUCAAGGAUCCAUCACCUUGACCCCAGCGCGAAAAACUAUCGCGCUGAACAUGAAUCCUUCAUCGAUGCUUUCUUUAGACAUCGAUGGUACAGUGGGAAUCACAAACGUGAUGGUCCCUCACUGCUUCAGGCGUGGAACGCCUACAUCCAUAACCUCGAGGAUGUGCACGAUACAAGCUGCAUUGUCUGUCAAGGGAGAAAGGAUUACCCUGCCUCUCUUGGGGAGACUCGUGCCCGUGUUGUGAACAACUCUGCACGAGCACCUAAGGAGGCUUACCUCCCUAAUAGCCCGUGGUGGCGCGUACGUGUCUCUACUGAGAUGUACGAAGGGAUUGACAACUUGAAAUCCCUUUACGACCGUGCCGGGAAGACUUUCUCCGGCGGUCCUUCUGCGGCACAGGAUGUGCCGCGUCGUACUGCUCAACCAGACCCAGUACGUCGAUCAUCAGUUGGGAGCGGGGCUCCCAAGAAUCCCAGGACGGGGGAUAGCCGCGCCACCGGACGAGAUAACUCGUCCGACGUCCGUUCACGUCGCGGUGGUUCAACAGCUGCUCAACAAGAUAGCGCUGGCCACCGCGAGAGUCCUCUAAUGGAGGUGGAGGAGGAGGAAAGACGCUCUCCACACGAUCAUGUGGAUCGGUGUGUUCCCGAGAGCUUCUUUGAUCGCGUAACGCAAGGGUUACGCGACGAUCUCGAACAUGAGCGGAAUAGGCGUCUCCAAAUGGCGGACACUGUCUUGAAGCAUUGA